AUGAAGGAGCAAGUUUAUGACAACACUCCAAAGAAAAUUCGCCACAUCCAGUUUGGCGUCAUGUCGCCUCAAAACAUGGUCAAGAUUGGUGAAUUGGAAGUGACUCAACGCGACUUGUACCAACCUGAGAGUCGUACGCCUGUCAAGGGUGGUGUGCUUGAUCUUCGGAUGGGUACCUCCAAUAAGCAAUCCACGUGUGAAACUUGUGGCAAAGGCAUGCAAGACUGUGCCGGUCAUUGGGGCUACAUGAAGCUUGUUUUACCCAUCUUCCAUAUCGGUUACUUUCGAGCUACUAUCAACAUUUUGCAAGACAUCUGCAAGACUUGUAGUCGUGUCAUGUUGGAAGAACCAGAACGACGAAUGUAUCUCAAACGUCUACGUGCUCCCGGCCUUGACAACAUGCAGCGGAUGAAGAUUGUGAAAGCCAUCAAUGAGAAAUGCAAAAAGGUGACCUACUGUCCCCAUUGCAAAGAAGUGAAUGGCGUUGUCAAGAAGAUUGGUCCCAUGAAGAUUACACACGACAAGUAUCGACUUAAGCGUGUUGCAGCCGAAGCUGAAGAAUUCCGAAAGACUUUCAGUACAGCAGCAGCUACGAUGCCCGAAUUGAAACCACACAUCUCCAAAGCACAAGAUGAUCUCAAUCCAUUGCGUGUGUUACGAUUAUUCCAAAAAGUUACGCCUGAGGAUUGCGAAUUACUUGGAUUAAGCGAGGAGCAUGGUCGACCAGAAUGGUACAUUUGGCAAUAUCUUCCUGUUCCACCAGCAUGUAUUCGACCAUCGGUUAUGCAAGACGACAAUACCAGCAAUGAAGAUGAUUUGACAGCCAAGCUUACCGAGAUUGUUUUUACGAACGCCAUUAUCCGAGCAGGCUUGGAAAAGGGUAUCACCGUGAUGAACCUUAUGGAGCAAUGGGAAUUCUUGCAACUUGCAGCAGCCAUGUAUAUCAACAGCGAAUUGCCUGGUGUACCCAAUGCCAAUCAAGGCAAACCAAGUCGUGGUUUGAGUCAGCGUUUGAAGGGUAAACAAGGUCGUUUCAGAGGCAAUUUAUCGGGCAAACGUGUGGAUUUCUCUGGAAGAACCGUCAUUUCACCUGAUCCCAAUAUGCGCAUUGACCAAGUCGCUGUUCCUGAACGUGUCGCCAAAAUUCUCACCUUCCCCGAACGUGUCAACAAACACAACAUCCACAAAUUGCGCCAAAACAUCAUCAAUGGCCCCGACGUACAUCCUGGCGCCAAUUAUGUUCAGUCUCAACAUGGUGGUUUCAAGAAAUACCUUCGAUUUGGUAAUCGUGAACGGAUUGCUAGCGAUCUCAAGAUCGGUGAUACGGUCGAACGCCAUUUAUCAGAUAACGAUGUCGUCUUGUUCAAUCGUCAACCAUCACUCCAUCGUUUAUCCAUCAUGGCCCAUUUUGCCAAAGUUAUGCCUUGGAGAACAUUCCGUUUCAACGAAUGUGUAUGCUCGCCUUACAACGCUGAUUUCGAUGGUGAUGAGAUGAAUAUGCAUUUGCCACAGACACAAGAAGCUAAAGCCGAAGCCAUUGAGCUUAUGGGUGUGAAAAACAACCUUGUCACGCCGCGUAACGGUGAACCGCUUAUUGCCGCCACACAAGAUUUCAUUACAGCAUCCUAUCUCUUAUCUCACAAAGACACUUUUUAUACCCGUGCAAUGUUCUGUCAAAUUGCAUCAUUCAUGUUCGACGCUGAAAUGCAUAUUGAACUUCCACCUCCAGUGAUUUGGAAGCCACAACGUCUUUGGACCGGCAAGCAAAUUUUCAACCUUCUUUUCAAGCCCAAUAAGGAUAGCAAGGUGUUACUAAACGUCGAGGCCAAGAACAAGUCAUUUGUCAAAGAGGAGGGCCGUGUACCAGAUCUUUGUCCAAACGAUGGAUGGUUGGUCGUUCAAAACAGCGAGAUCAUGUGUGGUUUGGUGGAUAAGGCUAUUGUCGGUGAUGGCAACAAGAACUCUGUAUUCUAUGUUAUCCUUCGUGAUUAUGGUGCUGUGGAAGCUGCAAAGUGUAUGAAUAGACUUGCAAAGCUCUGUGCACGUUGGCUAGCAAAUCAGGGCUUUUCCAUUGGUAUCAGCGAUGUUACACCGGGCAAGCGUCUACGUGAAAUCAAGGAUGAAGAAGUAGCCGAGGCAUACAAAAAGUGUGAUGAAGUCAUUGCCAAAUUCAAAGCUGGUCAACUGGAAACCAUGCCUGGUUGUAAUGAGGAACAAACGAUGGAGUCUAUUGUGUCUGGUAUCUUAUCCGGUGUUCGUGGUGAUCUUGGUAAAGUCUGUAUGAAGGAAUUGAAUAUGUACAACUCUCCAAGUAUCAUGGCUCGGUGCGGUUCUAAGGGUUCGCAAAUCAACGUAUCUCAAAUGGUUGCAUGUGUGGGUCAGCAAAUUAUCAGCGGUAGUCGUGUGGCCAAUGGUUUCCAAGAUCGUUCCCUGCCACACUUUUUGAAGCACUCUAGGAGCCCCCCUGCAAAGGGUUUCGUUCGCAAUAGUUUCUAUUCUGGUUUGACGCCCACUGAGUUUAUUUUCCACGCUAUGUCUGGUCGUGAAGGUUUGGUCGAUACGGCUGUCAAGACCGCUGAAACCGGUUACAUGCAACGUCGUUUGAUGAAGGCGUUUGAGGAUCUUACCACACACUACGAUUUGUCUGUUCGCAAUUCGGAAGGUGCUAUGGUACAAUUCUUGUAUGGCGCUGAUGGUUUGGAUCCUAUGACUAUUGAAGGUGAUGGUGUGCCGGUUGAGUUUGAGCGCAAUUUGCGACAUGUUAGGCUCACACACCCUGCUCGAUAUGAUGAACCAUGCUUACUUCCUUGGCAAAUCCUCCAAAUUGCUGAAACAGAGAUGGAUCGCCCUAUUUGGAAGACCAAUUGUACACCAGCCUUUAUUGAGAUGACACGCAAGUUUGUUACUGAAAAGAUUGCUCGCAAGCUUGCCAGCAUCCGCAAAACGCAUGGCAUGCUUCCUGGUUUGGCUGUGCCGGAUGAAGAUUUCAUGGAUAUUGAUAUUGAUGAAGAUGUUCCAGAUGCUACAAAGGCCGCAGUACGCAAUUUGUUUAUCAUCACCGAAAACCAGCUAUAUCGCUAUUUGGAAGUGUGUUUGUCUAAGUAUCUUAAAGCCAAGAUUGAACCAGGCACUGCUGUUGGUGCUAUUGGUGCGCAAUCUAUUGGUGAACCUGGUACUCAGAUGACGUUGAAGACUUUCCAUUUUGCUGGUGUUGCUAGUAUGAACGUCACUCUUGGUGUCCCUCGUAUCAAGGAAAUUAUCAACGCUGCCAAGGUUAUCUCUACGCCAAUUAUCAAGUGUGAGUUGCAUGCAAACAAGGACGUAAGAGCAGCUCGUGUGGUCAAGGGCCGUGUCGAGAAAACUACUCUUGGUGAUGUGGCUAUGUUUAUGGACGAGGUGUAUGAUGCAAACGAGACCUAUAUCUUGAUCAGGUUGGAUCUUGAUGCUAUCAACAAACUUCAGCUCGAGACCAAUAUUUAUGAUAUUGCAAAUGCCAUCCAAACUUUCCCCAAGCUGAAAUCAGGACAACUCGAUGUGCAAACCAGUCGCCCUGAUAUCAUUCGUGUAUAUAUCCAUAGCAAGCAAGAUGAAUCUGUAUACUAUAACCUUAAGGCCGUCAAGCGUGUAUUGCCAUCAGUUAUUAUCACCGGUCUUCCUUCUGUCGUUCGUGCUGUUAUCAGUGAAAAGCAAGGUGGAAAUGGUGCCAAGCAGCUGCUGGUUGAAGGUUAUGGUCUUCUUAAGGUUAUGACCACUGAUGGUAUCAUUGGUGAGCAAACUACAUCCAACCACGUCAUGGAGGUUGCAGACGUUUUAGGUAUCGAAGCUGCCAGAAACACUAUCAUCAACGAAAUUCAAAUGACCAUGGAGAGUCACGGUAUGACCAUUGAUCAUCGUCACGUCUUUUUACUGGGUGAUAUCAUGACAAGCAAGGGUGAGGUGCUUGGUAUCACUCGCUUUGGUAUCGCCAAGAUGAGAGAUAGUGUUCUCAGUGUUGCCUCGUUCGAGAAAACAGCAGACCAUCUUUUCGAAGCUGCGUUGUAUAGUAAAAAGGAUGCAAUUGUGGGUGUGUCCGAACAAAUCAUUAUGGGUAUCCCUAUUUCGAUUGGUACCGGUCUUUUCAAGUUACUACAAAAAUCAAAGGCACCAAAACUACCAACCCCAAGACCCCUUAUGCUCGAAGCAUGA